AUGUCCGCCAACAUCCCCAAACUUACCCUUUAUCGAUUCAACGGGUCUUGUGCCCUCAUUCCUCAUGCUCUUCUCCUCCACUACAAGAUCCCCUUCACAGCCAUUCGAAUGCGAAGCGGUCCUGACGGAUUCGAAGCAGCAGACGGAAGCUUCACGAAUGUCGAAUAUCGGAAAGUCCACCACAUGGGCUAUGUGCCUGCACUUGUCGUCGACGAUGAAGUCAUCACCGAACUGCCCGCCGUGGUAGGCUACAUCUCCUCGCUCGUCCCUGAUGAGAACCUUUUAGGCGUCACAGCUCUUGACAGGGCUAGAGUCACCGAGUGGCUCGCUUGGCUUUCAGGAACUGUGCAUGGCCGCGCCUACGGUAUGAUGAGAAGACCUGGACGUUUCAGCAAUGAUCCUGCUACUUUCGACGGUAUCCGUACCAAAGGCAGAGAGGGGGUUGACGAAGCGUAUGCCAGAGUCGACAGCAAACUUCAAGGCAAGGAGUUUGCAGUUGGUAGUGCUUUGACGGUGGUUGACUUUACCUUGUACAUCUUUUACCGAUGGAUAUUGGAGCUUGAGGUGGACGUUGAAACUGUGUACCCUGCUCUGUACAAGCACGGCAAAGCGCUCGAGAAGCUGCAGGGCGUCAAGGAGGUGUUGGAGAUUGAGCAACUCGACGCGCCUGAUUUUUCCUUUCCCCUUGGGGGCCGCAAGUCUGAGCAGUGA